GCUCCGGGAGAGAGGGAGGGGCCUCAGCACUAAGGAGAGCAUCCGAAAUUCCAGAUAAUCUCCAGACCCAGACCCGGACGAGCCACUUUCAGGCAGAUAUGUGGUUCUAUCUGGCUGGCCUCAUUGGCCUCUACUAUCUCUUUCGUUGGUACCGGGAGAGGCAGGUGGUGAGUAACCUUGGGGACAAAUAUGUCUUCAUCACCGGCUGUGACUCUGGAUUUGGGAACCUGCUAGCCAAGCAGCUGGACCUUCGAGGCCUGAGGGUGCUGGCAGCCUGUCUGUCGGAGAAAGGGGCCAAGCAGCUGAGGUGUGAGACUUCAGAGAGGGUAGAGACAGUGAUCCUGGAUGUAACCAAGUCUGAAAGCAUCACAGCAGCUGCCCAGUGGGUGAAGGAACGCGUGGGAAAUAAAGGGCUCUGGGGUCUGGUCAAUAACGCCGGCGUCUCCCUGCCCACGGCCCCCAGCGACUGGCUGACCAAAGAAGACUUCCUGAAAGUGAUCAACGUGAACCUCAUCGGGCUGGUCGAAGUGACCCUGAGUCUGCUGUCCUCGGUGAGGAAGGCCCGGGGCAGGAUCAUCAACGUGUCCAGCGUCAUGGGCCGCUUGUCUUUCUUUGGAGGCGGCUACUGCAUCUCUAAGUAUGGCGUGGAAGCUUUCUCCGACAGUCUCAGGCGGGAGCUCUAUCACUCUGGGGUGAAGGUCGCCAUGAUUGAGCCUGGCUUCUUCAAGACCAACAUCACCGACCUGAAGCUUUUCAAGGAGGGCUUCCAGAACUUGUGGGAUCGGCUGAACCCCGAAGUCAAGCACAUCUACGGCCAGAAGUUCUUUGAUGACUACAUCCAGGCUACAGUGGACAUGCAAGAUCUUUGCAACCAAGACUUGUCCCUGGUGACCAGCUGCAUGCAGCACGCCUUGACCUCUCGCCAUCCGCGGACCCGAUACUCAGCUGGCUGGGAUGCCAAGCUGUUCUACCUCCCCCUGUCUUAUUUGCCCACCGCCCUCGCAGACUUCCUCAUCAUGCGGAAUUACCCCAGGCCUGCCUCCACCUCAUGAAACCACAGGGAGGCCAGUGGCAAAAGCCCUUUACGUAGUAGGGAUUGGCUGUGCCGAGAAAGAGUCCCGGAGAACCCCUGUUAUGUGCAAGGUUCCAGCUAGGCCUGGUGGUAAGAGGAAGGUGAAUAUGGCAUGGUACCUCCUCUAGGAAUAAAAAAUAAAAAGGCACUUAUACGCCUCUAAGGCUUGCAGAAUA